AUGGGUCCUCUUCCAGACUUUAGAAAUUGCACAAGUUUAACAAGAGUUCGACUUGACAACAACUUAUUUGUUGGAAAUAUAAGUGACAGUUUUGGUGUCCAUCCACAUCUUUAUUUCUUUGAUAUGAGUUUUAACAGACUCUAUGGUGAGCUCUCACCAAACUGGGGAGAAUGUAAGAAUUUGUUAGUGCUAAAGAUUUCUAGAAAUAUUAUUAGUGGGAAGAUAGCACCUGAGAUUGGCCAUUUAACUCGACUUGGACAACUUGAUCUUUCUUCCAACAAACUUGCUGGAGAAAUACCAAAGAAACUUGGUAACUUAUCCACUUUGCUCCGCUUGAAUUUAAGUGGCAACCAGAUUACAGGGCACGUACCAGUUGAAAUCGGCAAAUUAAUCAAUUUGGAAAGUCUAGACCUCUCAGCAAACAGGCUAAUUGGAUCAAUUCCGGCUCAGCUUGGUCAAUGCUCCAAACUUUUGUCAGUAAAUUUGAGUCGGAAUUCAUUGAAUGGAAGUAUUCCAACUCAUAUUGGUGAUCUGGUGUACCUACAAGCUCGAUUGGACCUUAGUCAUAACUCAAUCAGUGGACUAAUACCACCACAACUUGGAAGGUUGAUAAUGUUGGAAAUUUUGAAUCUAUCCCAUAAUAUGAUCACAGGCUCGAUACCCCUUUCUCUCACAGAGAUGGUUAGCUUAACAUCUCUUGAUUUUUCCUAUAAUAAGUUGGAGGGUGUUGUUCCUAACAACAGGGCUUUCAGAAAUGCUGCAUCACCACAAGCAUUUAGAAACAAUAAAAGGUUAUGUGGUGAACUUCAAGGUCUAAUCCCCUGCCAUCGAUCUUAUACAAGCAAGGGAUAAAAAAAAAAUGGACACAAAGUCAUCAUAUCCAUCGUUGCUUCUUUGGUAGGAACUGUGUUCCUUGCAUUUGCUAUUGUCGGUGUCCUUUUCCUCUUGCAAAAAAAAGGGAAAAAAGAAAUUAUAGAAAAGAAGAAACCAUGGAGAUAUAUUUUCAAUAUGGAAUUUUGAUGGAAAGAUUGCUUACGAGGACAUUAUUCAAGCAACAGAGGAUUUUGAUGCCAAAUAUUGCAUUGGAACUGGAACUUUUGGAAGUGUUUACAAAGCAGUGCAACCUACAGGUCGUGUUGUAGCCUUGAAGAAGUUCCAUCCAUUGGAAGGUGAGGCGAUAGUGAACGAG